GGCCACGUCAGCAGGCUACGUCAGUACGUCAGCAGGCCACAUCAGCAGACCACGUCAGCAGGACACGUCAGCAGGACACGUCAGCAGUGCCACAUCAGCAGCAAGGGAUACCACAUCAGCAGGUCCGGUCUGGUCUAUGCUGUUGCGUUCACAGACAGCAGUCAUGGACCAGAGGGCCGGGGAAACAGACGAGGCCUAUCAGGCUCGCAUGUUAGCCUGGAGUACGGAGACUAAGAAACGAGCAGAUGACGCUGCGGCUGCAGCGAAGAAGAAGGCAGAGGAUACCGAGCAGGCACGGCUGCUGGCAGUUGAGCAACAGCGCCAGCAUGCCGAGGCAGCAGCAAGGGCUGCCGAUGAAGAAAGAGCCCAGCGUCGUGAGAUGAUAUUUACCGGAGAGCGGGCAUUACUUACCAUGGCAGCGGAAUGGCGGACCGAGGCCGAGAAUAGCCAGUUGGAGGAUAGCGUAAACAAGAUAGCGCUCCUCCUCUCGCAUCUCACGGAUCUCCUGGCAACCUGCAUUACACAGCAGGCGGAGAUCCUUGGCCUCGACAACUCGGUAGCUCAUCUCCAAGACCGCCUUCAGCGGUUGGACCAGCGACCAGUCGCCGCCGCCGACGCAAGCUCUUCCAACACUGCCGACCGCCUCAACGCACUGGAGUUGGACGUCGGCUCACUCAAGGAUGGCGCGCAAGUACAGCAGACCGCAACGCAACAAUUGCAACAGCGGCUCGGCACUACGGCCACCACCUCGAGUCCGGAGCCGCACGAAUCAGCUCCUAAGUUCGAUGGGCAGGAGAUCUUCUGCGAUUCAAUCAAGACAGAUCCAAUUCCAUGGUUUCGCAAGUUCGAGCUCACACUGCAGCUCCAAAACGUCAAGGAACACAAGCAUCACGCCUACUUGUACUCUCGCCCAUGGACCCCGUAUGGCAUCUCCAACACUGUCGACCGCAUACAAGGCGCGCGAGAGAUUCCACUAUUGCCUUUGGUGCAACAACGAUCUUCAUCAGACGCAGGGUUGCCCAUUGAAAGGCAAGGGGAGACAGGGAAACUGAGCACCGCCGAGAGUGAUGCGACGACACUCUCGACGCCUUCGGAACUGGUUUCUUCGCGAGUAACCAGCCUUCAUUCCGAGGCGCAUGCGGAAGUCGACAGUCCUCCGCUUCUACUUUCUUUUGAGGACUAUGCUGCCCGGCUCGUUCCAACAGUGGGUACUCAAGCUCAAGGACAAGGAGUGUGUGCGGUUUCUUCUCCGUCCGGCAACAGCGACAUAUCGUCUUCAAGUGGUUCGUCACGGGAUUCGGUGCGCGAGUUCAAUAUACAGGCAUUGGACCUGCUCACAUCUGAGGACUUUGCAUGGCUUCCUCUCCCGACCACAGACUGUUUGCCGGGACCGCAAUGCGCAGCACUUAGCGCUCAUCUCCACACUAACCUUUCCUUCUAUGCACCACCAACUUCGCCGACGGAUGACGAAGUCGCGGUGGGGGACAUCCUGGCAUAUACUACCAAGGUGGCCCGCGAGUUUUGCACGCAGUGGUACGAUAACAACAAUGCACCGCUCAUGUAUGUCCGCAUCCAGGUUGGGCAAGCGUCCUGCAGCGCUUUGCUGGAUAGCGGCGCGACUCGCAACUUCAUGAGCCAAUCCUUUAUGCAAAGGGCUGGCCUUGGCGCACAAGUUCGGAGGAAGGCAAACCCGACGGCAAUCAAGUUGGCGGAUGGAAAGACGCAACAACUUCUCGACCGUUACAUCGAGGCCGUACCGUUCUACUUCGCACCUCAUGCAUGCGAACCGGUAACAUUCGAUAUUCUCGAUAUGGACUUCGACAUCAUUCUGGGAAUGCCUUUGCUUGCAAGUGCGGAUCACACGGUCAACUGGCAUCGGCGGACUCUUAGCGUUCGCGAUGCCUUCGGCGCGGAAGUGGCGUUGUGGUGCCAGAAUCGGCCGAUCUCUCACGAGAUCAUUCUUGAGGCCGGUGCCGUGCCGCCGAAAGGUUGCAUCUAUCGGAUGAGUGAGAAGGAGUUUGAGGUACUCCGCGCACAACUCGACGAUUUGUUGGCCAAGGGCUGGAUCCGCCCGAGUAGCUCCCUAUAUGGAGCACCAGUUCUCUUCGUCAGGAAGAAGAACAAGGAUCUACGAUUGUGCAUCGACUACCGCAAGCUCAACGCGCAAACCGUCAAGAAUGCGGGGCCUCUUCCUCGCAUCGACGAUCUUCUUGAGCGACUGGGCGGUGCAAAGUAUUUUUCCAAGUUGGAUUUGAAAUCAGGAUAUCAUCAAAUCUCGAUCCGGCCGAAUGAUCGCUACAAGACCGCGUUCAAGACGUGGUACGGGCAUUUGGAGUGGGUGGUCAUGCCUUUUGGCCUCACCAACGCCCCGACAACCUCUCAGGCGGCUAUGACCAAUGAGUUUCGUGCAAUGUUGGACCGGUUCGUGCUGGUCUACUUAGACGAUAUUCUCGUCUAUAGCCGGUCAUUGGAGGAUCAUCUAAGGCAUCUUCGACGAGUGUUGGAGACGCUCCGCCGCGCCAAGUACAAGGCCAACCGCGACAAGUGUGAAUUUGUGCGGCAGGAGCUGGAAUACUUGGGCCAUUUUGUCACACCGGAGGGCAUCAGUCCGCUAUCGGACAAGAUUCAGGUCGUCUCGGAGUGGCCGGAGCCUCGGAACGUCACGGAUGUUCGCUCGUUCCUCGGUCUUACAGGCUACUAUCAACACUUCAUCAAAGGCUACUCCAAGAUCGCGGCCCACUUGAACAAGCUUCAGUGCGAGGAUCGGCCGUUUGACUUUGGAGAGGAGGCGCGGGGAUCAUUCCUCGCUCUCAAAGCCGCGCUAUUGUCUACAGAGGUCUUGCGAAUCUACGACCCGCUCGCGCCUACGCAUGUCACUACGGAUGCGUCAGGCUAUGGCAUUGGUGUCACCAUCAACAGCACCAUCGCUCGAUGGAUGGCUUUCAUCGACCAGUUCGACUUCUUCCCCGAUCACAUUCCCGGGAAGUCGAACCGUUUUGCGGAUGCUCUUUCACGGCGUCCGGAUCACUGUACCGCGGUCUACUCAACCUUCAAGAUCGACGACGACUUGCAGAACAGCUUCAUCCGCGGCUACCAAGCCGACCCCGAUUUUCGCGACAAGUACGCGAAUUGCUCCUCUCCUAAUCCGGCUCCUUCUCACUACCGGAUCCAAGAGGGAUACUUGCUUGUCCACACGAGGGGGAAGGACCUUCUUUGCGUACCAAGUGAUCCUCACUUGCGUACCCGGCUUCUUGGCGAGUUUCAAGAUGCUCCCGCUACCGGACAUUUUGGAGUCGAUCACACGAUUGGCCGACUUCGCCAGCGAUUUUGGUGGCCCGGCCUUCUCGGCGACGUCAGGCGCUAUUGCGAGUCWUGCGAGGUUUGCCGACGCUGCAAAUCCCGCAACCAUCGUCCGUACGGCGAGUUACAACCAUUGCCAGUCUCGUUGAGGCGAAGGGAAGCGAUUGCCAUGGACAUCACCGGCCCGUUCCCCAAGCACAAGACCGGAGUGGAUGGGAUUCUCACGGUGGUCGACCGACUCACCAAGUUCGCCAUGUUUUUGCCUUGUCGCUAUCAUGCCAAGGCACCGGAGUUGGCCGAGGUUUUGUACCCCGGUUGGAUUCGCACCAAGGGUUACCCCAAGGAGAUCGUCUGCGACCGCGACACUCGGUUCAUGUCCGAUUUUUGGUUGGCGCUCAUCAAGCGAUGGGGCUCAUCUCUCAAGCCCAGUUCAGCUUGCCACCCUCAGACCGAUGGCCAGACGGAGAGGGCGCAUCAGACCGCACAGGUUCUCCUUCGCACUCUCAUCCGCCCCGACCAGAAAGACUGGGUUGAGCGACUGCCGGAGGUUGAGUUGGCCUACAACUCUUCCAUCCACCCGGCUAUUGGGAUAUCGUCCUUCGAGUUCGAGCACAGCUCGCCGGUCACGUCACCGUUGGACACGAUUACUCCACGCACGGCCGAGAGCGACGACCAUCUUCUUUUCUUGCGUCGGAUGCAAGAGCUUCUUGUCGAGGCACGCGACCAGAUGGCUAAGACGCAACAGCGCAUGAGCCAGCAGGCAAAUCGCCAGCGUCUUCCUUGUCCAUUCUGCGCCGGGGACCUCGUCUAGGUUUCAGCAGCGGAAUUCAGCCUUGAACAAGACAUCUCUCGCAAGCUCCUUCCG